UGUACUGAAGGGAGAGCACUGAGAAUGCAUGCGAGACGCUAGCUACAGGUGUGCUACAGUUUGUUGAAGGACAGUAUACACGUCGGACAACUGUUACAUUGUGCAUAGGCUACAUGGGAUGUGUACGAGCUUUAAUCUGUGAAGUCGCAGCCGUCAACGGGACACUGAAAAGAAACACGCCUGCACUGGAUAUCCGUGAAAGUGGCCGUAUGUACUUAAUCCAAAGAAUGCGCAGAACAUAUUAAACGAUUGAAUUUACUUGGUUUGUUUCAUGAUGUCUGCAAAUGGCACCGGGAAGUUGGUCAGGCACAAGUAUCUCCCUUACGUCUACUAUCAAGCGAUACGAGAUCUCCAACCUGUGUGGAAACUCGAGGACAUGAGGACUAUGGAAACAUUCUACUGGGACAAACAGCACAGGCGGAGAACUUUUACUCCCUCGGAAGCCCUCCUGUACGCCAUCAUACACGACCACCAAGCCUAUGCACAAUACCUGCUGAGUCACUACGCAGAGAAGGCGCUGGCCAUGCCAGGCAAGUACUUUUGCCACGUUCCGGCUUCGGUUCCCCACUUGAUGAUGGCAGUGCGGUACAACAGGAGGGAAAUCCUGGGACUCGUGCUGCAGGUGGCGCGCCGGGUACCCAGCCUCCGAGCCUGCUUAAACCAAGGCGGAUGUUUCAACUCGGAGGACAACAAGACCCCUUUACAUCUGGCGUGUGAGCUCGUGCAUUUAGACGCAAUUAUUCUGUUACUGUGCAAUGGCGCUUCGCCACAGGUUGAAGACCAAAACGGAAUGACGCCCCUGGACGUCAUACUAGAUAAGCUUCAGGAUUCUGAGGUCAACGUUGGAGGUAAGAAGCAAUGUUUGAAUAACUUGCUAAUGUUCCUACCCGAGGUACGAUUCAAAAUGAAAAGGACACUAGAAGAAGACCGUGUUCGCUGGACAAACGUUCUUGGAGAAGAGACACUCAACUACCUCGUUGGAUGUACUCCAGCCCCAUUGUUCCUAAUAGCUAUGCAAAAAAUUCUACAGCUCCUGCCCUCUGAUAAGCUUUUGGAGAGCCUUCACCAGCUCCCCAUUCCGUCGUCUUUGAAGUCACUUCCUGUACCCGGCAAUCAGCUGGAGCCUUUACGACCCAAAGACUAGAACACCAAGUGCUGACAAUAUACACAUCUUAUGAAGUGGUAACUAAUAUUUUUAAUGCGACUGGUUUAGCAUGGUGUUGGAUUGUUUGUCAUAGUUAAAACAUGUCAUAGUCUAAACUUAGUUAUGAACUGAGAAACCAGUGCCGAGUGCCGAUUAUGUAUAACUAAAGUGUUGCAUUCGGUUUUAAGCUCAUCAGCCCUAAGGAGAGAGAAAAAUGGUUUGGUUAUAUAUUAUGCGUUUAUAA